CGACCAGCAUUGAAGACGAAUCAGUCUCUUCCAACUCUCUCCCUAUAUACAUGUAUACAUUCUCUAUAUUCUAUAUUCGCCGGUUUACUUCACCUGUACGGAACAGUCCUUGUCCUGAAACCGAAAUCGGAAAAGUGGGUCGAAUUCGAUUGGGAUUAUCUUCAGAUUAGUUUCUUAUUGCAUUUUUUGGGCAUUUAUGUAUAUAUAUUUAUAUGUUAUGGUACUAUAUCAAUGUACUGAGUGAAAAUACUGGGGGAGGCUUUACCGUGAUAAGCGAGGACUUGUAGAGUGAGAACUGUUGAUUUCUAGGGUUUGGUUUUGGUCACUUUGGGAUAUAAUUUUGGGUUUUGUGUGUGUGCAUUUGGAUAAUGUGGCGAUCUCUAUUGUUCGAUGGAUUGAAGAACUUGAUCUUCUGAUAUGAUUUGGUGACAUAUUUGUUGAAGUUCUUGAUGUUGGUGUCUGAUCACUAUCCGUAAAUAGAAUUAGAAUCAGAAGAUUUCCUGUUUGGAUUGGUGGUUUUGAUUGAUUAUAGUGACGGUUGUGAUUGCGUUUGGGCUUGAAAGAAGAAAGUAAAUAUGUCUAUAACGGAUGUUUCAAUGAUACACCAUGUGGCAAUUGUGCUUUUCUUUCUCUGGUCACUCUCAUAUUUCAAUUGCUGCCACACGGUCGCCUAUGUCGUUUCUUUAGUUUAUCUCUAUCUGGUAAAUGAGCAGUAUGUAAUGAGAUUGCGAAGGAGAUUGCAAUUUGAGGAAAAAAGACAGUCUUAUCAAAAUCGGGUACUUUGUGAUUCUGAAUCUGUGCGGUGGUUGAACUAUGCAAUUGAAAAGAUGUGGCCUGUUUGUAUGGAGCAUAUUGUUUCGCAGAAAAUUCUUCUCCCCAUCAUUCCUUGGUUCUUGCAGAAGUACAAACCAUGGACUGCUAAGGAAGCUGUGGUUCACGAGCUGUACUUAGGUAGAUCUCCGCCUAUAUUCACAGAGAUGAGGGUUCUGAAUCAGUUUACUGGUGAUGACCACUUGGUUCUGGAGUUAGGAAUGAAUUUUCGUACUGCGGAUGACAUGAGCGCACUACUUGGUGUGAAACUAAGGAAAAGACUGGGUUUUGGAUUGUGGGCAAAGUUGCAUUUGUUGGGCAUGCAUGUUGAAGGAAAGGUUUUGAUUGGGGUGAAGUUCCUUCGUCAUUGGCCUUUUCUUGGUCGUGUGCGGGUAUGUUUUGUUGAGCCACCAUAUUUUGAGAUGACUGUAAAACCUCUUUUUAGCCAUGGGCUUGAUGUUACAGAACUUCCAGGGAUUGCAGGAUGGCUUGAUAAGCUUCUGGCCGUUGCAUUUGAGCAGACACUUGUUGAGCCCAAUAUGCUGGUUAUUGAUGUGGAAAAAUUCGCUUCCCCACAACCAGAAAAUUGGUUCACUGUGGAUGAGAAGGAGCCCAUUGCUUAUGCCGUUGUGGAAGUUGUUGAAGCAACCGACAUGAAGCCAUCAGAUUUAAAUGGAUUGGCUGAUCCAUAUGUGAAAGGGCAAGUUGGCCCUUACAGAUUCAGAACUAAGACGCAGAAGAAAACAUUGGCUCCAAAAUGGCAUGAGGAAUUUAAGAUCCCCAUCUGUACAUGGGAGUCGCCAAAUUUGCUAAUUAUAGAAGUUCGUGACAAGGAUCAUUUUGUUGAUGACUCCCUUGGAAAUUGUUCCAUAAACAUCAACGAUAGUAGAGAUGGCCAGAGACAUGACAUGUGGUUAUCUCUUCAGAACAUAAAAAUGGGGAGAUUGCAUCUUGCAAUAACCGUAGUUGAAAGCAAUUUAAAGUUUGUACAGGCAGAUCAGCCGUGUAACGGAGAAACAUUAAACAAUGAAUAUGAAAGAAAAUCCUUUGCUAGUGAAACUGCUCAGAGACACUCCUCCUUGUCGGGAGCGUCACCAAAGUCCCCAAAAAUGGCAGAUAAGUUUGAACCAAUUGACGUUGAAGGGCAACAAGUGACUGGGAUAUGGGUCCAUCAGCCAGGAAGUGAAGCUUCACAUAUAUGGGAACCUAGAAAAGGAAAAAGCAGGCUCCUUGAUGCCCAAAUCCCCAGUGCGGGCAGUAAUCCUAAUGGAAGUUUUAAGUCAACAGCGUCUGGAUCCUAUAACAAUGACAGCAGCAGCAAUGACGAAAGUCUGGAGGGUAAUAAAGGACGUCCAAAAAACUCUGUUCGGAGGGGCCUGCGGAGGAUUAGUUCAUUAUUUCACAGGAGUUCCAAACAGGAGGAUAAUUCCAGCAGCAUUGUUGAGUCAGUUCCGUCUCCACAUGCCAACCUUAAAGCCACAAAUGCAAAGCAGAUUGGUGUGAAGUUCAUAGUGGAGGACAACCUUUGCACACCAUCUUCUGUAAAUGUUCCAGAAACAGAAGGACUUGAUAGUUCUGGCAGAAGUGAGCCAGAAAGCCCAGGCAAGAGACAGGUAAAAGAUAUGGCAAAGAGCAUUAUGAGGCAUGCUGAGAAGUCUGCUCGAGGCAUAAAGCAUGCAUUUUCCCGGAAAGGGUCACGAAAAACACAAGGUGAUCCAGGGUUGAUAGUGAUAGAGAGAGGCUUACCUGUUGUAUAUGACUCUUCUGACGAGGAAUCUCUUCCUUCAUCAACUUGUAUCCCUGUAGUUGAUGUGGUUCCAGUUUUUCCUAGUCCGACAUCUAGCUGUAGUAAUGAUUCUUUUAAAUACAAGGAACAUGUUCAUAGUCUUCAGACAACUCCAACUGAUCCUGUAAUGAACGCUGAAGAGCCGUCAAAGGUCAGUUUUGAAGAUAUGAAGAAUCUUCAGACAACUCCAACUGACCCUGUAAUGAACGUUGAAGAGCCGUCAAAGGUCAGUUUUGAAGAUAUGAAGAAUCUUCAGUCAACUCCAACUGACCCUGUAAUGAACGUUGAAGAGCCGUCAAAGGUCAGUAUUGAAGAUAUGAAGAAUCUUCAGACAACUCCAAUUGACCUUGUAAUGAAUGCUGAACAGCCGUCAAAAGUUAGUCUUGAAGAUAUGAAGAAUCUUCAGACAACUCCAGUUGACCCUGUAAUGAAUGCUGAAGAGCCGUCAAAGGUCAGUCUUGAAGAUAUGAAGAAUCUUCAGACAACUCCAGUUGACCCUGUAAUGAAUGUUGAGGAGCCGUCAAAGGUCAGUCUUGAAGAUAUGAAGAGUCUUCAAACAACUCCAACUAAUCCUGUACUGAACAUUGAAGAGCCGUCAAAGGUCAGUCUUGAAGAUAUGGAGACGGUAGACGAUAAUGCAUCAAACAUCUUGGAAGGAAAUGGGAUUGUCUAGUCGUCCUCAAGCCCCAAGAUAUCUGAGGGGAAUCUUGGAAGUGGUAAAAGAUAGUGUUUCAUGGUUUAGUUGUGACUGAAGUGGGAGAACAGUGAAAUUUGGGUUUUUGUACGAUGAUGUUGUAGUUUGGCUUCUUUGUAUAUCCACCUUGAAACAAAAGCCCGAGCUAUAGUUAUAUUUUUAUGCGUAAGUUUUCAUAUGGUGAUAUCCAAAGCUCAAAACAGUUGUUUUUUUGUAAAAAAAAAAAAAAUUGUGAAUGCUGACAUUUCUAGUCCUAAGACUUACUUCCUUGA